AUGGCUGUUAACACCGAUAAAAAGUCUGCGCUUACAAAGCAGGCCAGCGUGGGGAACAUCUCGGAAGAGAUCGAAGAUGAUCUUAAUACUCUUCCCGAUAUGAAGCUAUCGCAGCUGCACUUCUUGCUGCAACAUCAUCACACGACGUCGUCGACUCUGACUGUGGAUGCCGCAGCCGCUGCUCAGACGCAAGUUCUUGAGCUCGUUAAGCAAAACGAUAUGGCUCCAUUUUAUCGUUUGGUGUGUAGUGAAUUUAACUGGCCCAUCGAUUCAGCGCUUGAGGGUAAGAUGCGAAGCAAGAACGCCGAGGAAAUGAUUGCGCUGGACGAGCGACUAGCCGACGCUGAGCAGAACUUGGGAGACAUUGAAGUGCUUGAAGCAUUGCUGGCCAAGGCUAGAAUGUACUCACGUAUUGGCGACAAGGAAAAGGCGCUCGAAGCGUUUAAAGUUGCAGGAGAGAAGCCGCAAUCCAUCAACCAAAAGAUUCUGGUAGCGCUGCAUAUAAUUCGAAUCGGACUUUUUUUCUCCGAUUUAGAGCUGGUCGAGACGUACAUUAAGAAAGCCACGGCAUUGAUUGAUGAAGGUGGGGAUUGGGACCGUCGUAACCGGCUGAAAGUGUAUGAGGGCUGCUACUUGCUUAUGGCUCGCAAUUUCAAAAGGGCAUCCUUAUUAUUUCAAGAGUCAGUCGCGACAUUCACGGCUACGGAGCUCAUGCCAUAUAAAACAAUGGUAUUUUACUGCGUCAUCACGUGCGUUCUCAGCAUGAGUCGCGUGGAUUUGAAGAAAAAAAUUGUGGACUCGCCCGAAAUUCUCGCGGUCAUAGACGAGAUUCCGUACCUCACGAACUUUCUGAAUGGCCUUUAUGACUGUGACUACAGAAAUUUUUUUACGGCCAUGGUGGAUAUUCAGCCUUAUAUCUUACGGGACAAAUAUUUGUCGACACACUCGCGCUUCUUGUAUCGCGAGCUGCGUGUGCUAGCGUAUGCCCAAUUCUUGGAGGCUUAUCGCAGUGUGACUAUUGCUUCAAUGGCUUCAGCAUUCGGUGUAAGCGUCGAGUUUUUGGACUCUGAGCUUGCGCGUUUCAUCGCUGCCGGUCGUCUGAAUGCUAAGAUUGAUAAGGUAGCUGGGGUCAUCGAGACUAACCGUCCGGACGCCAAGAAUGCACAAUACCAGGACGCGAUCAAAAAGGGAGACUUGCUGCUUAAUCGUAUUCAGAAACUUGCUCGAGUGAUCAACGUCUAA